AUGCUGACCAAUAUGUUACUUCACAAGUUCCCAACUGAUCACAACUACCCAUUCCUUCAAAAUUGUCUUCAAAAUUCCCACGACGUCUUCUACCAAUCACCUCCUUCAACCUCGACGGCUUCAUUUUAUUCCGAAGGUCCCCCCAGAUUUGGCACCUUUGAUUUUGGAUCCAUUAUGAUAAAAGAAGAGUCCUCCCCAAAUUCUGAUGGUCCCAGGAGAGUUGUGGGACGGUUGAGAAUGCCCCCUGCUCCUCCUAAACUAAAACUCUGUGAGGUUUGUGGUCAAUCCGGAGCCACGACCCACUACGGGGGUACUGUAUGUGGUGGAUGCAAAAUCUUCUUCUCGCGAACUGUCCAAUCUAGGAAGGGGUUCGUGUGCGAGCGGGGUGGACAGUGUCCCAUGAAUGCUGGGAAACGAGCCAAGUGUCGAGCGUGCAGGUUUCAGUUGUGUUUAAAGGCGCAUAUGAGUCCUGAAGAAGUUGGGCGAUUACGAGACAUGAGGUUAGGAGACUACGCCCCUAUAGUGAAAAAGGAAAGUACAGUAGUUGGAUAUUUCGAUGAGAGCUCACAACCACCUACGUCCUUACGAGACUGUACAAGCCAAAUUAUGUCGUUUAUCGAUGUGUAUAACUGCGGGAAUGACGAAUUUGAGGUUCUACGGGCAUUUGUGAAUUCUGAACGGUUUGUGAAUGUAUUUCCAGAUUUUAAAGAAUCUGAAAAUUUCAGAAAUUGUGAAAAUAGUGCAGCCAAUAAAUAUGCGAGUUUCUUCCCGAUGAAAUGCAACGCAUCAAUGAGUAUUCAGAGCGCUAUUGAGUUUCCAAUGCCAAUUUGUGAAAAGAUUCCGAUGGACUACAUGAGAAAAACGUUCCUUCAAGACCCCAAAAACAGCAUGAAGCUUUACUGGUGCCGAAAUGUACUUCAUUUUUUGGAAUGGGCUUCUGGAAUCGAGGAUUUGGGACACUUUUCGCAGCAGGAGAAGAUGCUCCUAGUUGCCGAGAACUUCCUCUCCAUUGCCUGUUUGACCAGUUUCUAUGGAUUUCUGAAACUCCAGCAUGAGCAAUUUGAGCAAUCCACUGAAGAUGGCCGAGUUCCAUCACCAUGCUCCAUGGAAUGGUUCGCCGAGUUUUCAAAACUCUCUCCGGACGCUGAAAUUUCCAUUCACCGAGCGAUAUCUGAGAUUAUGGAACCAAUGGAUUCGUUGGAUGUUAGCAUGGAGGAAUUGGUGCUUUUAAAGUUCAUCAUGUUGUUCACAGAACCUUCGUCAUCAAAAUCCUCCACGGAUAGCUACCGUAUCCGAUGCUACCGUCUCAAAUACUGCGAAUUGCUCAGGAAAUACAUAAUGGCUCAAAUUCCGGACCCCGAGAAGCGGAUAGCGAGAAUUGCCGAGUUGCUGAAGAUUGUAGAAUCUGUUAGAAACACCGCGACAUAUUUGGACAAAUGGAUGACCAUGUUCUACACCUCCAACACCUGCCAAAUGAAUGAUGUCUUGGUUUACGAUUUCCAUGUUAGGACCUAUCGCAAUGGGGCGAACUUGCCAAAUUUGUGCUUUCCUCCGAAUGGCCUUCCGAUUAAGCGGGAAAUUUGA